AUGCCCGUAAACUUCAGUGAGCCUCUCUCAAUGCUUCAGAGGCUAACUGAGGACUUUGAGUACGCUAGUUUACUGGACCGAGCAGCCGCAUGCACUGAGUCUCUUGAAGCAAUGACUUACGUCGCCGCCUUCACUGUCUCUGCCUAUGCAACCACCUCUGUACGCACCAAUAAGCCUUUUAAUCCGCUUCUAGGUGAAACCUUUGAGUGCGAUCGGACAGAUGAUAUGGGCUGGAGGUCCCUGGCCGAACAAGUAAGUUUGUCUCUCAACUGGUGGUUGUAA